CAGCCUUAAGACCUUGUGGAUGGAAGACCUCUUGUACUUCUGUGUUCAUGUCAGAAUGGCCUAGGCCAAUCUGUUGCUCUAUGGUUCCUACCACAGGCGCUCUACAGCAAUGUAUUGGGAUUUUGCCACCAGUGCUAGUGGACCAUCCAGAUGGCUGUAAACCCGCAGAAGAGAUAUAGAACGUGGUGUCUCAAACUGGAUUAAAGAAACCUGUUGAUAUUUUUAUUUAUACUUUUUUAUUUUUGUAUUUGACUUAAAGUGCCAUGAAAAAAUUUGCAUAUUGCAAGGUGGUCCUUGCCACCUCUUUGGUUUGGGUCCUUCUGGAUAUGUUUCUAUUGCUGUACUUCAGUGAAUGCAACAAAUGUGAUGAGAAAAAAGAGCGAGGCCUGCCUGCUGGAGAUGUUCCAGAACCCAUACAAAAGCCACAUGAAGGACCUGGAGAGAUGGGGAAGCCUGUGGUCAUUCCGAAAGAGGAGCAAGAAAAAAUGAAAGAAAUGUUUAAAAUAAAUCAAUUUAAUUUAAUGGCAAGUGAAAUGAUUGCACUCAACAGAUCUUUACCUGAUGUCAGGUUAGAAGGGUGUAAAACGAAGGUGUAUGUAGACAACCUUCCCACGACAAGCGUUGUCAUUGUUUUUCACAAUGAGGCUUGGAGCACUCUUCUACGAACUGUUCACAGUGUGAUAAACCGGUCACCACGACACAUGCUGGAAGAAAUUGUCCUUGUCGAUGAUGCCAGUGAAAGAGACUUUUUGAAAAGACCGCUGGAGAAUUAUGUAAAAAAAUUAAAAGUACCUGUUCAUGUGAUUCGAAUGGAACAGCGUUCUGGAUUGAUUAGAGCCAGAUUAAAGGGGGCUGCUGCUUCUAAAGGCCAGGUCAUCACCUUCUUAGAUGCUCAUUGUGAAUGUACAGUAGGCUGGCUUGAACCUCUGCUGGCAAGGAUCAAAGCUGACAGGAGAACAGUAGUGUGUCCCAUCAUUGACGUAAUUAGCGAUGACACCUUCGAAUAUAUGGCAGGCUCUGACAUGACCUAUGGUGGAUUCAACUGGAAGUUGAAUUUUCGUUGGUAUCCUGUUCCUCAGAGAGAGAUGGAUCGACGGAAAGGAGAUCGAACCCUUCCUGUUAGGACACCUACAAUGGCAGGAGGUCUUUUUUCAAUAGACAGGGAUUACUUUCAGGAAAUUGGAACAUACGAUGCUGGAAUGGAUAUUUGGGGUGGAGAAAACUUAGAAAUUUCUUUCAGGAUUUGGCAGUGUGGUGGCACUUUGGAAAUUGUAACUUGCUCACAUGUUGGGCAUGUGUUCAGAAAAGCAACACCAUACACUUUUCCAGGAGGUACAGGGCAGAUAAUCAACAAAAAUAACAGGCGACUUGCAGAAGUCUGGAUGGAUGAAUUCAAAAACUUUUUUUACAUCAUUUCCCCAGGAGUUACUAAAGUUGAUUACGGGGACAUAUCAUCACGACUUGGACUAAGACGCAAGCUCCAGUGCAAGCCUUUCUCCUGGUACCUAGAGAAUGUUUAUCCUGAUUCCCAAAUUCCACGCCAUUACUUUUCUCUGGGAGAGAUAAGAAAUGUGGAGACAAAUCAAUGUCUGGAUAACAUGGCAAGAAAAGAAAAUGAGAAAGUUGGAAUCUUUAACUGCCAUGGAAUGGGUGGCAAUCAGGUUUUCUCAUAUACUGCUAACAAAGAAAUUCGAACAGAUGAUUUGUGUUUAGAUGUAUCCAAACUUAAUGGCCCAGUAACGAUGCUCAAGUGCCACCAUCUAAAAGGAAAUCAGCUUUGGGAAUAUGAUCCAGUGAAAUUAACCCUGUUGCAUGUGAACAGCAACCAGUGCCUGGACAAAGCCACCGAAGAGGACAGCCAGGUACCCAGCAUCAGAGACUGCAACGGCAGGGGGGCCCCCCAGUGGCUGCUUCGCAAUGUCACCCUUCCAGAAAUAUUCUGAGAGGUUCUAAAGAAAAGCAAGGAUUGACUGGGCUACCUCGGCUGAUACUUUGGCUACACUGUCAAGUAGCAACAGAAGAAACUUCUGCUCAGCAGAAUCCACAGUCCGUCAGCUGUUAGAACUCCUGCAGCUUCUCAGUAGCUGUGAACCAGCCUUCCUGUGUAAGGAUGUGAAACUACCACACAUACUAGUGAAACUGCGCCCACUGAUGUUUACAAGAUCGAAAGAGUUUCUUCCAGCAAAUAAUUUAGAGAACGUUUGGACAGUGGAAACAUAAUCAAUGAAAUUGUCUCUCUGAAGAGCUGCAUAUCGUUGUAGUUUGCUUGCACAUCAGUAACCUCUGCUGAAAGUGCUGUUAUAAUGAAGAAAGUUCCAAGAAUUUUUUUUCCUGGUUAGCGGUGGUAACCAGACUACUAAAUAUAGAUCCACAAAUGAGAGAGAACGCGAGAG